AUGGACGACUGCCUGCUCAAAUUCCUGUUGUUCUUCAGCAACCUCCUCUUCACGGUGUUAGGCCUAGUGGUCCUCGCCGUGGGCUUGUGGGGCCUCAUCAACAAAGAAUCUUUCGCCCAGGAGAAGAUCGGACAGAUCGCCACCGACCCCAUGCUGGUGUUCGUGGCGCUGGGCUUGUUGCUUUCUACGCUCUGCCUGUCCGGCUGCGUGGGGGCUCUGAGAGAGAACUGCUGUCUGCUCCGUGUCUUCUCAGCCGCCGUGCUGGUCCUGGUAACAGCCCAGACGCUGGUGGCCAUUGUGGCCUACACCCUUCAGGGGCAGAUCGAGGGAUAUCUGAGGUCUGGCAUGUUGGUUGCCAUGGCACGCUACCAGGACGACUUGGACCUACGGUUCAUCACGGAUGAGAUCCAGAUCGGUCUGCAGUGCUGCGGGGCAGAUAACUACAGAGACUGGGAGAUCAACAUGUACUACAACUGCUCUGCCCCGGGUGUACUGUCCUGCGGCGUCCCGGCGACCUGCUGCGUGGACCCUCUGGAGAACGGAACGGUGUGGAACUCCCAGUGUGGAGUAGGGGCCCAGCAGCUGGACGAGUUCUCUGCCCAGAGCGUCAUCUUCCUGGGGGGUUGUCUGGGGGGCAUGUCUCGCUGGAUAGAGCAGCACGCGGGCCUGAUCGGAGCGGUGGGUAUCGUCCUGCUGGGGGUUCAGAUCGUCACUCUGUUCAUCACCACGCGACUGCUGGAUAACAUCCAGUGGAGUAAAGCUACGAGAUAACAUGCAGUGGAGUAAAGCUACGAGAUAACAUGCAGUGGAGUAAAGCUACGAGAUAACAUCCAGGCUGUAGAUGAAGUCUGGUACAUUUUCAUUGUAGAUUUCUAUUUUACUUACUUUUCACUUCAGGACUAGGUUGAACGGAAUAAAAAUAUUCACAUAUUCCGAUUUAACCAAAUAUUAAUCGAAACGUGUUGGAGGAAAUGGAAUUCACAACAGUGCAUAACAACCGUCUUAAGUAGUACAUCAGUGAAUGGCACGACAUCUUACAGUUGUGAAUCAUUUACAUCAAACCAGUUUGGUUUGGGAGAGACCGUUUUUAGACUAUUGGAUGAAAGUAAACAAAACCUUAAUAGUGCAUCUUUAAUCUGUGUCUGGGAAGUGAAAGCCACUAGAACAUAUGCUUGACUAGGAUUUGUGAUUAAGCUAGCUAAAGUCAUCACUAUCCAGUGUGCUAAUAGAGAAUAACU